AUGGGAGCCUAUAAGUAUAUGCAAGAAAUAUGGCGCAAGAAGCAGUCGGACGUGAUGCGUUAUUUGUUACGUAUUCGUUGUUGGCAGUACCGUCAACUAUCGGCUGUGCAUCGUGUCUCAAGGCCAACCCGUCCGGAAAAGGCUCGUCGAUUGGGGUACCGUGCUAAACAAGGUUUUGUUAUCUAUCGUGUACGAGUUCGCAGAGGUGGUCGUAAGCGUCAAGUGAUCAAAGGCCAAACCUAUGGUAAACCCAAAACUCAUGGUGUUAACCAGUUGAAACCCGUGCGCAAUAAGCAGUCAGUUGCUGAGGAACGUGUUGGUCGUCGAUGUGGUGGACUCCGUGUGAUGAAUUCUUAUUGGGUGGGCCAAGACUCGACCUAUAAAUUUUACGAGGUCAUUCUGGUUGAUCCUUCUCACAAGGCGAUUCGACGUCACGCAGACACACAAUGGUUGACUAAGCCAGUGCACAAGCAUCGUGAAUUACGUGGUCUAACGUCGGCUGGUCGUAAGAGUCGUGGUCUUGGUAAGGGACAUCGUCAUGCAGCCACCACAGGUGGAUCACGCAAAAAGAAUUGGUUACGUCGCAAUACACUGUCACUUCGUCGUAAGCGUUAA